GCCCCCUCGCGCUACACCCAAUCAGAGACGGGAUCCGCCAUAGCCCCGCCCCCUCUCCCCCCGCGCAGGGAAGAUGGCGGCGCCCAGCGCGGCGGGGCUGGCGCGGCGGCUGCGGGCCUGGCUGCCCCGACUGACCCCGGUGCGAUGGAGUCGCUACGGCCCCAGCUACCUGGAGCCAGACGUGAGCAAGGAGCUGUACCAGAAGCCGCUGGAGGAGCUCUCCGAGGAGGAGAAGGAGAAACUGAAGCUUCGGGCUGUUCACCCCAUCAAAGCUGCGCCUCCCUCCGUGUCCACCUCCGUGUUCAGCGACCCGAUGAUCAGUAAAUUCACCAACAUGAUGAUGAAGAAUGGAAACAAAGUGCUGGCCAGAAGCCUCAUGUCUCAGACGCUUGAGGCCAUUAAGAGGAAGCAGCUGGAGAAGUACCACAAAGCUCCAGAGGGUGAGAAGGAGACAAUCGAGUGCAACCCUUACGUCAUUUUCCACCAGGCUCUGAAGAACUGCCAGCCCAUCAUCGGGCUCAGCAGCAUCACCAGGGGCGGCAAAACCUACCAGGUCCCGGUCCCACUGAAUGACAGUCGGAAGCGCUUCCUGGCCAUGAAAUGGUUGAUCACCGAGUGCAGGGAGAACAAGCACCGUCGGACGUUGAUGCCUGAGAAGCUCUCCCAGGAGCUGCUCCAGGCCUUCAACAACGAAGGGCCCAUCAUCAAGAAGAAGCACGUGCUGCACAAGAUGGCAGAGGCCAACCGUGCCUACGCCCACUUCCGCUGGUGGUAAGGACGGCACGGGCCACGCUGCCAGCACGGCCCGCAAGAGGGGACAGCCCUCCCAGGCAGCUCCUGAACUCAGCCAGGGACAGCCCGUCCCAUCCCGCAGAGCCCAUUUCUGUUGGGUUUGGAUGGGCAAAGGGGGAAUCGGAAUCACUGAGCCCUGCACAGACACACUGGUUGUUUCAGAAUCACUUUCCUGUGAAGAGAAGCCUUAGAUGUUUUUCUUAGAGCAAUGUUGUACAGAAUAACCUUCCACUUGCCUGUUCAUGGGGACUUCUAAGUCUCCACUCCUGUACUCAGUAAUGUUUCUGGCCACACGGCACAGAGCGGCGCUGGAUUAUUUCCCCACACCAUAACCAGCUUUAGCGUGAUUGGACGAAAGGCAAUAGAAGCCCCCUUUUGAUUUUAGUUCUGUCGGCAGCAGCAUUGUCUGCAUGGAUUCAAUGGGA